AUGGCUUUGGAAAUGGAAAUCAAAGAGUUGAUAGCUUUCAGCGAUUCAGAUUUGCUUGUGCAUCUAACCUUGAAACAGUGGAUAACCAAAGAUUCAAAAAUUCUGCCCUACCAUUGCAGUCUGCUUACUCUGGCCAAGCAAUUUCGAAAUUUGGAGUUCAGACAUCUUCCACGUGCCCGGAACGCAUUUGCCGAUGCUUUGGCCACUUUAGCUUCUAUGACCCGAUAUCCUGAUGAAUUGAGGAUCGAGCCAAUUCCGAUUCAACUUCAAGACAAACCUGCCCACUGUUGGGUUGUAGACAAGUCCUCCGAUAAUGUUCCGUGGUAUACUGAUCUCAAGGAGUUUCUCAAAACAGGGUCUUACCCUCUACAUGCUGGUGAUGUCCGUAAUGUCUUCGCCUAA